UCUGUAACGACCUGUAAUAAAUCACAUGUAUUUUGAAAAGUCAUAUAAAACGCGUCAAAACACAGCUGAACAGUUCGAUGAGAGAUCCGAAUACUAGCUACAAUGGCAUCGAGCAGAAGCACCAGAGAAGUUCUAUUAUCAUUAGUAGAUGACAUCGAAUUAAUAGCGAAAGAGAUGAUAGAAAAUACAAUCGCUCAAAAACCUGCAAAGCUCUCAAGCACAGAACAUGCCCAGUUAACUGAAUUGCUAGUCGCCAAGGAUAAUGAAUUAAAGGCAACAUUGAAGCGGGCUGCCGAACAAGCCAUGAUCAACUUGAAGAUGGAGGCAUUGAAAGCUGAGGUAGAGAAACAAGACCAGGACAUUCAGCAAUUACAGCGACAGUUGAAAGAGGCAGAGCAGAUCCUGGCUACUGCGAUUUAUCAAGCGAAGCAAAAAUUGCAAUCUAUUGCACGUGCUAAUAAAAGACCAGUUCCUUCGGAGGAACUUAUUAAGUAUGCUCAUAGGAUAAGUGCAACUAAUGCAAUUUGUGCGCCUUUAACAUGGCAACAGGGAGAUCCUAGAAGGCCGUAUCCCACAGAUAUUGAAAUGAGAUUGGGAUAUUUGGGAAGAUUGAGUGAUCUGCCUUUAAAUGGACAGUUACUUGGAUCUCAUCCUGGUAUACCAGCUGAUUUACAUAGAGCAGGACAUCCCGCUGGAGAGCCACCUGUUUCACAAUCAAAUCAAUUUGCCUGGCAUCCAUCAGGAGAGAUUCAUAUGUCAGUCGGAGGGCAAGGAAGUGUGGCUGUGAAUACGCAUAAACAAGAAACAGAAGACGUUGAAGUUAUGUCGACAGAUUCUUCGAGUAGCUCAUCUAGUGAUUCGCAAUAGAUCUAAGUACUGAUAUACUAUUAGAAUUAAGGAUAUUAUUUUCAUAAUUCAGCUCUAGCCAUUUGUAUGAAAAAAUAAGACUCAAUUUUAAUUGUAAUCAGGAUAUUAUGGGCAAUUAAUGCAAAUCAUUUAUUAGUUUAUUAGUUUAUAUAAUAGAUAUAAUAUAAUUUAUAUAAUAGAUCUUAUUAAAAGAU